CUUAAAAUAAGAUUACCCUCGUAAAGUGUGUUUUUAUACUCAAAAUCCACCGUUCUUUGUUCGCUUCUGCGAUCGCAGACUCGUCUCCUCCGGAAGUGACUCGCGUGAUUGGUGGAUGACCUAAAAGACGAAGGAGAAGAGGAAAAAAAAUGGCGGUUACUAUGAGACAGAUGUCGCUGAUCGUGUCUGCUUUUGGCGUCCUGUCGUUUUUGUUCGGAGUGAUUGCAGAGAACAAGAAGCCUGCAGCUGGUACGCCGAUAAGCGGAAAGGGGGUCGUUAUCUGCAAGUACCCGUCUGAUCCGACUCUUGCCUUGGGGUAUCUAUCUGUUGUCUUUCUUGUGGCGAGUACUGCGGCUGGGUACAGAUCCUUGUUCAUGUCUUACAAAGGAAAGUCUGUUCCCUACUCCGUCUUGUUCAAAAGCACCAGUUUCUCUGUGUUCUUCAACAUUGCCCUGAUAACAUCCGGACUGGCUUUGUCCCUGUUGCUGUGGCCAACACUCACCGAGCAUUUCCAUUUGACCCGCAACGUCCACCGCAACAUGGAGACCAAUUGCCCGACGGCCAAGACGGGUCUACUGGGCGGCGGUGCCUUCGUGUCGUUGGACUCGUGUCUCUUCUGGCUGGUUGCCCUUAUGCUCGCUGAUAAUGCCCGGGAAGACCAUUUCGAUGAAAUCGAAGGCAGAAGCAACGGUUCAAGGGACGUGGAUGUCAAGAUUGACACUUGAGCAUUAUUAAGCCUACUGGUUUGGUUAGGGAAAUAAAAUAGUAAACUAUCUCUUCUAGUUUAACUCUGAGUUAUUACAGUAUCUGCUAGUGCUAGCUUUGUUUCUGUUCUGAACUCGUAUAAGAUUUGCUUUGAUGCUCCCACAUCAACUAUAUCCAAUUUCUGGUUUCGGUCUGGUUAU